CUGUGGUGGGACAGAGGUGGAGAUCCCACAUCAGCCCUCGGCUCAGCUCACAUCUGGCACUUUGGCAGCACUGGGCACAGUGAUACAUGGAAAGACCACACAAGAGAAGCAUGAGGCAACACUGUGCUCUCAAACAUGGAAUAUUCAAGGAAUUCCUGGCAGAGUUCCUCGGGACAUUUGUCUUAGUUUUAUUCGGCUGCGGCUCAGUGGCUCAGACUGUGCUCAGUCGAAACACCCUGGGUGAGCCUCUCACCGUGCACAUCGGCUUCUCCGUGGGUCUGAUGAUGGCGGCGUACGUGGCUGGUGGAGUGUCAGGGGGCCAUGUCAACCCGGCCGUGUCUCUGGCCAUGGUGAUUCUGGGCAAACUGAAGAUCUGGAAGUUCCCCUUCUACGUCAUCGCUCAGUUUCUGGGCGCCUUCGCCGGAGCCGCCGCGGUGUUCGGCCUGUACUACGAUGCCUUCAUGGACUUCACCAGCGGGAUUCUGUCCGUGACGGGAAUCAACGCCACGGGUCACAUCUUCGCUUCCUACCCAGCCAGGCACCUGUCCAUCCUGGGGGGCUUCAUCGAUCAGGUGGUGGGGACCGGCAUGCUGGUCAUGUGCAUCCUCGCUAUCAUCGACGGUGGGAACAUCGGCGCUCCUAAAGGCGUGGAGCCGCUGGCCAUCGGCCUGGUCGUCAUGGCCAUCGGCGUGUCCAUGGGACUGAACUGUGGCUACCCCCUGAACCCGGCCAGGGACCUGGGGCCUCGGCUCUUCACGGCUGUGGCAGGAUGGGGGAUGGAGGUGUUCAGCACGGGCGACUACUGGUGGUGGAUCCCCGUGGCCGGGCCCAUGGUGGGGGGGGUCGUCGCCGCCAUCAUCUACUACCUGUUCAUCGAGCUGCACCACCGCCGUGACGAACCCGAGAAGCCCCGCAAGGAGGAGGAGGAGGAGGAGGAAGAUGAGGAAGAUGAGGAGGACGAGGACAGCAGCCUGAAGGACAAAUACGAGAUGAUCACCAUGAGCUGAAGCGGACGUUGACCUCGGGUGGAGCUGAUUUGAACACGCGAGCACAGCCUCCACCUGUAGAAUAAACCCACAAAUAACAGGAGUGAGAUGAUAAAAGCGUAAAAACCCACCUGAAAGCACACACACGGUCCUGUUAUGACUUUUCUGUAAAUAGUGUACUGUUCUCAUUAAGAGUAAAUAAUAGUCAAGUGAUAGUUCAGCAUUUCUGUCAUUUAGGUUUUAAGUUUGCUCCUUUUUUCUUUACUUGUUGUGACGUUAUAAUCUGUAGAUUCAUUUUUUUUUUGUAGAUUUUGUUGUAAUGUAUGAUCGUUUCCUUCCUCCUGUUCAUUACUCAUGUUUGUAUUUCACAGUCGUAAUUCGUGUACAUUAAACUUUAUACAAAUAUGCGUUUCA